AGACUGCACCGUACAACCGUAGCGGCAACACACAUUUAUUAUAUCCUUAUUUGUCUUAUACGACAUUGUAAAAUAGUUAUUAAAUCAAGUUAUUAGUACUAUCCUGGUCUUCUUCAUUGACGAUCCUGCGAUCCUGGUCUGGAGAGAGCUUACCUGAGGAGUACACCCAACAUAAUGGCGACCGUGAACUUCUGUUGCUACGUGGACACGUAGUACAAACCUGCAUACUGAGGAGAAAAAAGGAAUGCCCACUGCACUGCUGUUAGAAUCAAAAACUGGACUAUCAAGAAGAUACCUACCAGCCAGUGUUAUUUGAGCCACGACAAGUGUUAAUUAUUGUGCCGCAAGAGGAUUUUAAAACAAAAGGGAGGUUUGCCCGUUCCUUAUUUUCCUAGUUUAACUGUGCUAGCCCUGUAAAGCUUCGUUUGUGCGAGCAGAUCUCAUAUUUUCUAAUUAGUUCAAAUCUAUAAGCAAAUUAAAAUCAGCUGCCCAGCUAAAUCGUUCAUACCAAGCAGUUUACCGUUAACUUUAAUUCUCACUCGCAUAAAUUAUCCUACAAAGUUAAAAUAAAUAUUCAAUGCAUUUAUGGGUUUAAUUUAUGAACUAUUUUAGGUUUCCUGGUGCUAAAUGUUAAAAGUUAACUGCUUAAAGAUAAGAGUUAAAGAUUGCAUCAGCCGUUUACGUAAUCACCGUUAGCUAACUACCUACUUUUCUGAGCGCAUCGAUCGCAUAAUUGCAUUCUUUUAUUAUUUCGCUCGAUCCUUCUUAUCUGUCGCUUCUCUUAUCGCAUCAGUACGAUACAAGUAGGCAAAUAGUUAGUUUUUAUAAGGUAAUUAAUAGUUGUCCGGCCGAAUAUUCCAGUGUGCCGUCCGCUGCGUAUGCGCCGACCCACGUCGCCAGCGCCGAGCGUCUAUUGUUCUGCGGUAUCCCCGGUCUCGGCGCACAGCUGUUUCAUAUAAAAAAAAGGCAAGCCUACGCUUUGAGGUAUUUAUUGCAAUCUAUUUUACCUACUAAUCUUGUUUGUUUGCAUAAUGACUGACACAGAGUUCAAAGCGAAGAGGGCAUCUAUUAAGGGGCGAUUAACUACAUUUAGGAAUUAUUUGGAGGAGUUUAAAAGGCAUAGGCAGGGAAAUUUAAAUGAGUUAAAAUUACGAUUACGGAAAGCGGACACAUUGUUUGAAGACUAUGAUAAAAUUCAAACUCAAAUUGAGGUUAAUGAGGCGAAGUCAGGCAAACCCGCCGAGGAGCAGGUGGAAUUUAGCGAGCGGGAAAAUACGGAAAAAUUGUUUUUUAUCGCGAUGAGUAGUGCUCAGGAGUUGAUCGCAGCUAAUGAACCUCGCUCCUCAGAGGCCACGGGAUUUGAUGGUGGGAUGGACGCGCGCUUGUCCCACAGUGGGGCUGACGCCGGCGUUAGGCUUCCGACCAUCAAGCUGCCUACAUUUGAUGGCAGUACAAACAAAUGGUUAGAAUUUCGCGAUGUGUACCUGUCAAUUGUGCACAAUAAUGACAAUCUCAGUGACAUUUGCAAGUAUCAAUAUUUAAAAGCAUCCUUAUUAGGAAGCGCAGCGUCUGUUAUUGAAUCAUUGGAAAUAUCGGCGGCAAAUUACGAAGCGGCCUGGAAACUCGUUAGCGGUAGAUUCGAUAACAAACGUCAGCUGAUUCAUACUCACCUUAAGUCAUUGUUUGAUAUGUCUUUUAUUGGAAGGGAGUCUGAUAAAUCAUUACGUUUCUUAAUUGACCAUGUGUCGAAACAUUUGAGGGCUUUAAGUAGUUUAGGUGAAAAGGUUGAUAACUGGGACACGCUCAUUAUAUUUAUGUUCGCGAACAAAUUAGAUACUGCAACCAGUACGAAAUGGGAGGAGUAUAGGAAUAGUUUAACCGAGAAUCCCACUUUAGAAAACUUUUAUGAGUUUUUGCGACAAAGGGCCGACGUUUUGGAAAUGAUAAGUGCAAGCACUAGCACUAGCGACAAGCCUGACAAGCAAGUUGCGUAUAAACGAAUGGAUAAGGUUCAAAAGGCAUUUGUCGCGACGGCAAGCGAGUCCAACACGUCGAGUCACUUAAACGUAAAUAAUGCACGAGUUUGCCGCAUAUGUAGUGGGGAUCAUUUCUUAUAUAAUUGUGAAAAAUUUAACCAAAUGUCAGUGGACGAAAGAAACACUUUAAUAAGAAAAUUAAAGAUUUGUAUGAACUGUUUCCGAGGUGGGCAUUAUUCCCACCAAUGUAAAGCGAGUCCAUGUGCCAUAUGUAGACGUAAACACAAUACUCUGCUGCAUAAAACAAUGACAUCCAGCCCUCAGAAAGGUGUAGAAAGCAAGGAGUCUAUGUCUACGCCUAUAUCGUUAUCAGCCAGCGUUGAAAAUCAGGUAUUACUAUCAACUGCAAUAAUUUCAAUAAAAAAUGUAAACACAAACAAAACUUACGAAGCCCGCUGUCUAUUAGACUGUGGUUCGCAGUCUUGUUUUAUUACGGAGGCGCUGAGGAAUAAGUUAGGCAUACAAGGUGAACCUGUUGACACGGUUCGGGUGACCGGCAUUAAUAAUAUUUCGUUUGAUGCGCUAAGACGUUGCACCGUGUCAAUCCAGCCGCGCGAGCGCAGUGAUAAGGAAUCGUGUAUAAAGGUCGAUGCUUUUGUUAUUCCCCAGAUAACGGGUCAGUUGCCAUUAGAACAGGUGGACGUUUCGAAUAUUGUUGUUCCACAAAAUGUUGUUUUAGCUGACCCUACUUAUUAUAAGCCUUCACAAAUAGACAUGUUAUUGGGAGCGGACAUUUUUUGGGAUGUAAUUAGCAGUGAAAGGUUAAGGCUGGGGCACAAUAAGCCCUUGUUGCAAAAUUCUAUAUUUGGCUGGUUAAUGGUAGGACCUGUAAUGUUAAGUAGUAACGAUAGCAGCAGUUCAAAGGUAAAAGGCACUCAUUGUGGAUUUAGUAUGGAAAUACGUAAUCAGCUAAGCAAGUUUUGGGAGUUGGAGGAAGUGCCAACUACACCAGUGUUGUCCCCAGAAGAGGAGGCGUGCGAAGCUCACUUCAAGCAAAACACGAAACGCUUAGCUGACGGGAGGUUUUGCGUUACGUUGCCGUUUAGUACGCAUCCAGAUGUGCUGGGUGACUCAUACAGAUUAGCGAGAAAACGAUUCGACUCAUUAGAGAAACGUUUUAAGCGGCAGCCUGACGUAAAAUCGCAAUAUGUAGAUUUUAUUAAUGAAUAUGCCGAAUUAGGUCAUUUAUCGGAGAGUGACAAACCAGAAAAAGCCUAUUUCUUACCGCAUCAUCCAAUUUUAAAAGAGCAAAGCGAGUCUACAAAGUGUCGCGUGGUAUUUGAUGCCUCAGCGAAGACUGAUUCUGGUUAUUCGCUCAAUGAUAUCCUCAUGGUGGGUCCCACGGUGCAAGACGACAUCUUCUCUAUUCUAAUAAGAUUUCGUCAACACGAUUUCAUAUUCACAGGAGAUUUAGAGAAGAUGUAUAGACAAGUAGUCGUGGAACCAACACAGAGGCACCUUCAAAUAAUUUUAUGGCGUAAUAAUGAAGCCGAGCGCAUGAGGUAUUUGGCGCUUAAUACCCUGACGUACGGUACGUCAUCGGCAAGCUACCUCAGCACUAGGUGUCUCGCUCAAUUAGGUCAUGAAAGCACCGAUCCUUUGGUGAAAGAAGUAAUAUUACAUGAUUUUUACAUAGACGACUUAAUAACAGGUUUAAAUGAUGAGAAAAAAUUAAUAAAUUUACACCAAAGGAUCGACGAGACUUUAAGUUCUGCUCAUUUUAAUUUAAGAAAAUUAAAAAGCAACUCAAAGGAGUUUCUCCGCAGUGUAGCGGAAGAAAGCAAUUGUCAGCAAGAUAAUUUGAAAAUAUCCAAUCAAAGUAAUACUUUAGGUGUUGAAUGGAAUCCUAAUGAGGACAACAUUUUAAUCAAAUGUUCGAAAUUGCAGUUGAUAGAUAACCAUGUUAAGUACACUAAAAGGGCUGUCCUAUCUGUAGUGUCAAGUAUUUUUGAUCCUUUAGGGCUGUUGAGUGUAUGUGUUAUUUUAUGUAAAAUCUUCUUGCAAUCACUCUGGUCACAGAAAUUGGACUGGGACGAGGAAAUUCCCCAGGCGCCUGACUGUAUCUGGACUAGGUUUAUAAAUAACAUAGGUUAUUUAAAGGAAAUAAGUAUUCCGCGUCAUGCAAGUUGUAGGAAUGCAGUAACAAUCGAAAUCCAUGCAUUUUCGGAUGCCUCGUUAAAGGCAUAUGCUGGAUGUGUUUAUUUGCGAUCAAUGGAUGAGUUAGGUAAUUACACAGUACGACUUUUAUGCGCUAAGUCGAAGGUCGCACCUUUAAAGGCCACGACCAUUCCCCGUCUGGAGCUUUGUGGAGCCUUAUUAGUUUCACGCUUAUGUGAAAGGGCUAUACAAGCUUUACGAUGCAAUAUUAAGAAUAGGUGUUUUUGGUCAGACAGUAAAAUAGUAUUGGGAUGGCUGUGCAUUCCGACAAACAAGUUAUGCACGUUUGUAUCGCACCGAGUCGCGGAGAUUAAUGACAAAUGUUCAAACGCUAUGUGGAUGUAUGUCCCCUCAGCGCAGAACCCAGCCGACCUGGCUUCGCGCGGAGUAUACCCGGAUGAAGUACAGUCGUUGUCACUGUGGUGGGAGGGACCUGCAUUCCUGCAGGAUAACGAAAGCCAAUGGCCUGAACAGAGCGGCGCGGUACAAGCGAGCUUACCUGAAUUGCGUGCGCACACUGUAAGCAUUGAUAAAUCGAUAUCGCCAAUAAUCGACAUGUCAAGGUAUUCUAGUUUUCUUAAAUUACGUCGCAUAUUUGCAUAUGUGUGUCGUUUUAUCAAUGUAUUGGUGCAUAAGCAAAGGUAUGAGUCGAGUUUGCUAACAGUGGACGAGCUUGAACAGGCGGAGUCAAAGCUGGCUUAUUUAUCACAAUGUGAAAGCUUUGCUGAUUUUAAGAGCAACCCAAGUUCUAUACCUGGUUCAAGUAAAUUAAAUCCUUACCAAGACGAGUCAGGAUUAAUACGUGUAGGUGGUCGAUUAGAUAACUCGAAAUUUGUGUACGACAAAAAGCAUCCUAUAAUUCUGGAUACAAAGCAUCAUUUUACUAAAUUGAUAUUUAGGUAUUUUCAUUUUAAGUUGAUGCAUGCACCACCGCAGCUUCUUCUUUCAGCUAUUCGUGAACAUUAUUGGCCUUUGAAUGGCAGAGUACUGGCGAGACGUACUUAUGGUGAUUGUACGCGCUGUAAGAGGAUGAAAGGAGAAGUUGCGCAACAAAUAAUGGGCAAUUUACCAGCGCAACGGGUCACACCUGGAUAUGUUUUUGAGAUCGUGGGAACUGAUUUCGCAGGUCCUUUUUUCACAGUUGACAGGAAAGGUCGCGGCGCAAGACUGUCAAGGAGUUACCUGUGUGUCAUAAUAGAUUUUAAGGUUAAGGCCGUACAUCUUGAGGCUGUCAGUUCUUUGAGUACUGAAGAUUUUAUUUUAGCAUUGCGUCGCUUUAUGGCUCGUAGAGGGCCCCCUCUAGAAAUAUUUUGCGACAAUGGGAAAAAUUUUGUUGGCGCUAACCGCGAGUUAGGUGAGUUUCUCACUGCCGCUUCUAACUCUGUGUCAGCGUCAUUUGUAGAAGAUAAAAUUAAGUUUAAUUUUGCACCCGCGUAUGCUCCAAACUUUGGAGGCUUAUAUGAAGCAGCUGUCCGGUCUGCAAAAUACCACACGAAAAGGGUGAUAGGUAAUACGCAUUUAACCUUUGAGGAGCUAGCAACCCUGUUCGCACAGAUUGAGGCUAUACUUAAUUCUAGGCCCCUAUGUCCUAUGUCCUCAUCUCCGCACGACCUAGUCCCCCUCACCCCCGGGCAUUUCCUCAUAGGAAGACCGCUCAUUUCAUUACCGGCACCAGACCUGCAAGAAGUGAACCCUAACCGGCUUCAAAGAUAUGCGAAAAUCGAGCAGGCAAGGCAACAUUUUUGGUCAAGAUGGAGCCAGGAAUAUAUCUGCGAGUUGCAGCAGCGCACCCGUUGGCAGCGACGCCGCCCCGACAUUCAACCUGGUCAGAUGGUUCUGAUAAAGGACGAGGUGACACCACCGCUCAAGUGGCCACUAGGACGGAUUCAAGCAGUGCAUCCUGGCACCGAUGGCGCAUGUCGAGUUGCGGACAUACUUACAACGAAGGGCACGAUUCGUCGAGCAAUCAACCGAAUCUGUCCAUUCCUGGAUGAUGAUGAAGCUUAAAGCCAGGAGCUUUAAGAGGCGGGAAGAUGUUGGUGCAACCAACAAACCUUUUAUCGUACCGGGUCCACAGUGACGUCACGCAUACAUACGUCACACACAUGCCACCACCCCAUUCGGUCUCAGACUGCACCGUACAACCGUAGCGGCAACACACAUUUAUUAUAUCCUUAUUUGUCUUAUACGACAUUGUAAAAUAGUUAUUAAAUCAAGUUAUUAGUAC